GGCAGAGCUGCUGGACAGAUCGAUGGCGUCGGUGUGGAGGUGAGUGAGUGUCACACACAAAUGCAACACACACUGGUGUGUCCGCAUUGUGUCCAUUGUCUGCAGGCUGCCCAUUGUGCUGCUCGUUCUGUCCGUCGCCCUAUCACCGUUGCUGUCUUCUGCCGCCUUCGUCCGGCCCAUCCGGCUGACACACACAGGGCCCAUCGGAGUGGCACACCAACCGCAGCCCACGCCGACGUCAACUGGAGGGAGGCCGUUGACCGCCCUGAGUGCUGGAAGAUUCAACCUCUACAAGCAUCUCAGCCAACGGGAUCUCACCUGUGCCAACGUGGGGGCGUUAAGCGGCAUCCUGAUCUCUUGGUGGUUCACCAUCACGGCCGCCAUAGUGGGGCAGUACAUCGACGCCAUUUUCAUAAGGUAUCUUGCGUGAGGGUGGCUGCAUCGCACAUCAGUCAGUCGGCUUGUCUGUAUCUGUCUGUAUGUGCAUCUGCGUGCAGUUCGAGCGGCCAAGAGAUCGUGACCAAGUGGGCGAGUGUGGAGGUUGACGCCGUUGCCGUACUUUCUCAGCUUGCCUUGGCGACAGUGCUGCUGGUGCCCCCUACCGUGUUCUGGUGAAACAAGAUCCCGGGAAGUUCCACCAUAACCAGAGAUCGUAACUGAUGGAUGGGCGGAUGCAAGUCUACCCACAUCCAUGGACAUCUUCUUGUGUAUGUGUGUUGCGUCGAUCAAUCAGGUGACCUGCCGUCGGACGUACAACUGCUCGAGAACAGCUGGACAAAACCUGCGGCAGGAGAAGAACAGAAGCCGCUGGCUCCCAUGAGGAUGCGGGACAUGAGUGGGCCGGAUUGGAGAUGCGUGUUCCUGGGCCAGGCCGUUGGCUGUCUGCUGUUCGGCUACGUCAAGGCUUUUUUUGACGUAACAUCUUUGAGUAUGGCGGGUGUCGAGGGGGGCGCACUCGGGCUGUUGGCGAUUGCAACGUUUGCCGCGCCCACGUUGGUCUGGGGGUAUUGGGUCUCCUUCUGGUGGAAGGCUGUCGUAGAGAGUGUGAGUGAUGGAUGGAUGGAUGGAUGUGACGCAGAGAGAAGGUCCAGCAGCAAAGGUAGGUUUAUACGUAUCGAGGGAGGGAUUUAGGUAAAUAGGUCGGCAGUUUAUGUAUCGUAUGUGAGUGUGUGGCGGCAGAGCACGUAUUGAGGCACACACGAGCACAGGCAGGGCGAGAGGGCGGGAAGAGGGAAGUCUAGAUGGUGGCGAGAGGGCGAGUCUUUUGUCAUGCGGGGACCUAGUGGACCUGGUAUUCAGGUGGCUUGGUGCCUGGGGUUCGGGUCUUUUCACAGCUAUGCCAGGCACACGGUCAGAGGGCCCCACCCCACCCCAGGUCUGCUGUGCGCGGACAUUGGUGUGUGUAUGUGCCAGCAUUGGAUUGAUUGACCAAUUGAUGCCUUUGUGUGUGUUGUGUUGGUUGACGGAUGGAUGGAUCGAUCGGUUCAAAGCAGUCGCAGACAACGAAGGGAGCAAGGAAGGGAUUCAUUCAAGCGGCAGCAGUCGGUAUCGUAUGUAUGUACACCGCACACAAAGAG